CAGCACUGACUGUGUCGCUCAUGGACGUCAGUCUUGGCGGUGAACUGUUGCGAACAACUUCAUCCUACUCCUACCGCAACCAAUCAAUCUAUACAGCACCUGAACGGACCUAUCAUGUGGUGUUACGUACUGGUCAACGGGUGCUAUUUAAUCUAACAACACAACGCCUAGCCAAAAUCAGUUGUACCAUCGCGCUGUUUCACCUGCCGAGACCAAGCAAUCGUUAUAUCGGUUCGAAUGUUCGAAACCGCGUUGUACGUUUUUAUCCCGGCCCGUAACGAAAGCAAACCAAAACAAGCCGUCGUGGUCGCGAUACGAUUGCAGGUACUGGUAACCGGCAUACCACGUGAGGUGCGUACACCUGUAGCGUAGUUAAGUUCCUUUACCGUGGGCCAGUAAUAACACCUCCAAAACCAGGCCUACAAAACCCAUCCAACUCGUCCAUCAACCCGCAUUUAUAUACACGAAAAAAAAAACAAAAAAUAUAAAAUUGUCGCAUAAAAGUGCUGCAGGUGAUCAGUGUCACAGUAAAAGGUAGCACCGGUGAAUAGAGUAGCAGUACGCCUCCAGUGCGAAGUCGUCGAAAUCCAGCAUUACAAUCCCGUGAGAGUUUGUUCCACCUUGUCGUUAAGGUGAGUGAAUGUAAAAGUUGGUGUGCCGUGUUACUUCCCGCCACCACGAGCUGUAUAUUGUGGGAUCCACGGAUGCGAAAGUGAAAGUAAAGGACUUUUAGCCCUUCUGCUACCCCCCCAUACCCCACGCUAUAUCAGGCGCUUCCGUGACCGAACAGGGACAGGGCUUCGGUUUCUAUUUGGAUAUAAUGCUCAGUAAGACGCACUGCUUUCACACAUGCAACGGCACUGUCCGUUGCGUGGAACUUGCAACAGGAGCUCAACAGAUGGUGUUGACCGGGUAAAGUUCUCUAGCAUCACACGCUACGCAACCUGUGGCCAAAUUGCGCUAGACGGGGAGUACUAUUCCAUAUGCCAGUUUUAGGGAGCUUGUGUACACGCACGAUACUAUCAUAUCUGAUCCACCAGGCUAGUCACGUCAGGUGGCAAACAAACUUGAACUAAUUAGUUGGCAAAGCUAGAAGCGUGUGCCUGAAACGAUUGGGUUAGACUACAGCAAGUAAUCUAGUAAUUCUUCACGAUAGGGAAAGAUCGACAGUUUCAGCCACCCAGUAAGUGAGGCACCAGUGUAGCAGGGCAAGGUGGAGUUCCACCUUUUCCAGGUGGAACCAAUGUAGGUAGCGAAAGAUAGAAGAACAAAAAUCAAGAGUGUUCAAGAGGAUGAAAUAAAAUGUUUAUAACCUUACACCGAGCAUCCCAGGAGCACCCGAACAGUCUCGAAACGUUUCUGUUUUGUACUCCACCUACUAAAGCCAGCUGCCUGCGUGCAUAUCCUCCGCAUGGCUUAGGUUAAGUGAGUGGCUACUACUUGGUUGGAUGUGCGUCUUCUUUACCGAGAAAACUUACGUGCCGAAGAAAAGCCCACAUCGCGGUACCGAAAUAUAAUACCGAGAGCUACACACACACACACACAUACAUUGUACAUGUACCCACCCGUGCGUGGAUAAACACCACACAUAUCAUAGGAACUUAGAAGAUUCUGUCCCUGCUGUCCCAAAAAGAAAAAGUUUCCUAGUAGUAUUUAACGAAAGAGACAGCAGACAGCGUAAAAACGGUAAAUUAUAACGCAAAGUACCUCCAAUCAAACGCAUCGUUUCCACCGAUCACACACACACAAAAACACACGCACGCACACACACAAACCAAUUCUUACGGGGACGAGUUUUGAAGUCGUGAUGUGGCGUGGGAAAUGGUGCCGACGUGCAGAUUACCAGCAAUCAUCAAGCAGCCGAAGCAAUCUGUCAAUCUAAUCCUUGGCACCGGAAGCAACCACUAAUCCCUCGCUGCUCUUGGUGAAAGGAGACGUAAGGAAAACAACAAAAAAAACACACACAGCAGUAGAAACAGCUCUUCGCGCUGUCUUUUGAAGUGCAGGCUUCUACUGCUGCAUCAAAACUACUUGCGUGGAGUUUCAAUUUCGGGCUAACGAGAAAAAAAACAUCACAAAUCAGCCUCCCCUUUUGGGCAGGUAAGUUGCAGGAGGGCACCCAAAACACCAGGACACCAAACAGCUAGGAUCUGCCCGAACGAGAGAUGAACAGUCGCGUCUACCGUCCGGCACGGCUGCACCAGGACGAUACCGACCGCCAUCAGCAUCAUCACCAUCAUCAGACCGACACCAGCAGCCAGAACCGUUCGCAAUGGUACCGUACCAGCUGGAAAUACUUGCCCUCGUUGCCGUGCUAAUCGGUAUCGUUGUCAACUCCUACAUUGUCGUUAUCGUUAUCCUCACGAAACAGAUCACAUUCGCCAGCAAGAUACUGCUGCUCCAUCUGGGCGUUGUGAACGCCGUACUAUGUCUGUUCUAUCUGGUCUUCUACACCGCGAGCUUAUUCCAGCUGCUACCCGUAGCGCUGGACGCAAUGGAUGUCGCCUGUCUAAUGUUUGGGCUCUGCUUCAACACACUCCACUCGAUCGCGCUAUGGACGCUGUGUGCACUGAACUUCGAUCGGUACUUUGCUAUCGCUACGCCGCUACACUACGGGACAUUCAUCAACACCAAAAAGGUCCUGAUAACGCUCGGUGCCGGUUGGAUCGUGUCCACGCUGUUCAGCUUACCGCAGGCGGUACGAAUCUCGGCCUAUAAGUUCGACAGCGAUUACGAACUUUGCCUGCCGAACCUCCAGACGACGGAAUCGCUCAUCUACAGCAUCAGCUUCGUACUGUUCACCAUCCUGCUGCCGAUAGUGCUGAUACUGGGCUGUAACAUGAAGGUACUGAUGAUCGCACGCUAUCAGCGCAACCGGAUCGCUUCCGCCAUCCUGGAGGUGACGCUGUCCGCUCAGCUGACCAUCACGCACCAGCGGAAUCCGUUCUUUGUGCCGAACGCCGGUACCGGUCCGGCCGGUUCCGGACCGGCAGCCGACUGCAAACCGUACACGCAAGCCUCGAACCAGAACAAUCCGGCCGCGAACGUGAUCCAGCUGGUCGGAUCGGCCAUCCUGUUUCACUGUCCGUACUAUUUCGUCAUCCUCUGGAACAGUAUGCUACCGUUCGUUGCGAACGGUUGGCGCACACCGGCCCUGUUGCUCAAUCUGGCCUCCUUUCUGCUGCUGCUGUCGCCGACGAUCAAUGCGAUCCUGUACGGCGUGCGAAGCAAAAUCGUGCGCCGAUCGUUCCGCAACAUCUGGCGCAAGCAGAAGCAAAAGAUCGAGAUCCAUUACGAAAUACAGGCGCGCACACCGUCGACUUGCGGUUCCCGGCGGCCAUCGCUCAGCGGCACACAGUUCCAGCAGCAGCAGCUACAGCAGCAACAGCAACCGCUGCUCCUAGCGUUUGCGACCGAUACGAGCCGGCCCGGUUCGGCCAGCGGUGGUGGUGUCCCGGCACCGGACACACGCUCCGAGAUCGGGCUGGAAACGGACGGCUGCACGCUGCACGAUGCGUCCCUACAGUCACCGCUUAGCCGCGUCAAGUUUGGCAGCUGUUCCGCAUUGAGCGGGCCCCUGUUUGUAUGCAAUCCGACGCCGCCAAACGCUCAACAGCAGCAUUUGCAUCAUCAUCAUCAGGCGCAUCAUACGCAUCACGGUGCCGGACCACGGCCAAAGAUAACCAUCACGAAGAUACACACCGAUGACGAUGCGCCGGGCAUUUUACGGUCACCACCGCCCCCACCAUCAUCGCCGCUCUCGCCGACUACUUCCGCGUUCGAGCAUCAUGGGUUCGAUAUAGCGGCAGCCGCCGUUGAUGGCGGGCGGCUGCCGGCGGCACUCGUCGCCACGAUACCACCGAUCUGCACCACAGACAAUCUCAGCGUCGCUGGACAAUCAGGUGCCAAGCUGCACCCCGCACCCCUCUCGGCCGGCCCCAUCUGCCUCGAGCCGAAGAUAUCGUUUAGAAAGUUUUCCUCCCUGCAGGAAAUUUUAGGCAACGGGACUGACUAAAAGCGAAUAUAUACUUAUAUACUUAGACAUAUACAUACAUAUAUUUAAUAUAUAUAUUUAACAUACAUAAUAGAUGUGAAGCAAAGAUUUACACUGCUAAGCAAAGUCGUGCUUGCUCUCCACCUUCCCGUCCACCUUCUCUACCCGUUUUCCCUCUUCUACCCAAAACACCCCCAUCCUUCUUCUUCUGCUUCCUUCUAACCCUGAUCUUUAAUGUUUCCCGUAUGACGAUGGGAUGUUGAAGGGCUAAAAACCUUUGGGGUAUAGUGAAGCAGUAGAAAUAGACGAAUUUAGUUUGUGUGAAGAACGUUUCUUCCCCCCCCAAAAAAAAAAGAAAAACAAAA